UCGUCCGAGUUCCGUUUAGUUGCUAACUUUAGUUCGCGCGGUGCGGUCGUUCGAAUUUUGAAUUUCAACAAUAUGCGAUACAACAAGUUAAUCGGCACCGAUAUCAAAAUCUCCCACAUCAGCUUAGGAGGAGCAUCCUUCAGCAAUAUCUAUGGAACGUUUGAUGAGGCGCAAGGGGUCGGACUCAUCAAGACAUCUCUAGACCAUGGCAUCAACUACGUGGAAACGGGACCAUGGUAUGGACAAGGGACCUCAGAACUAACCAUCGGAAAGGCUUUAAGCGACGUGCCUCGUGACACCUUCUUCGUCGGCAGCAAAGUGGGAAGAUAUGAGAAGGAGAUGGAGAAAAUGUUUGACUUCUCCGCCGAGAAGACUGAAGCGGGAGUCGACAAUACCUUGCGCAGAUUGGGGCUGGAUUACGUCGAUAUCAUUCAGGUUCACGAUGCAACCUUCGCGCCUGAUAUUUCUGUCGUCCUGAAGGAGACUCUCCCAGCUCUGGAGCGAGCGGUGCGAGACGGAAAGGCCCGCUACAUCGGCCUUGCUGACUACGACAUAGAUCUGAUGCAGGAAAUCGUGGAGGAAUCCGAAGUGAAGAUAUCCACUAUACUCAGCUACGCCAAGUCCACGCUGUUCGAUAACCGCUUGCAGAACUACACCAAGUAUUUUAAGGACAAGGGUAUCGGAAUUAUCAACGCCGCAACUACAGGCAUGGGUCUCCUGUCCAGCAAAGGCCCUCAGAUCUGGCAUCCAGCUAGUGAUGAUAUCAAGGCUAUCUGCCGCAAAGCCUCCGAAUAUUGCAAGUCAAAGGACGUGGAACUGGCCCGCAUCGCCACCUGGUUCUCUCUCAACCAGCCCGACAUAGACACCAACAUCUGUGGGUUCUACAACGUGGAGCAGCUACUUGAUACCCUGGAUGUGCUGGACAAGGGACUGACCGAUGUGGAGAAGAAUGUGCUGCAAGAGAUACAAGUUCGAUUUUUCGACAAGGUGACCCUUCACUGGGACGACGUGGAACUGCCCGCGUACAAGGCCGAAAUGGAAAAACUGCAGAAGACACCCGAGUAAAUCUUUGUAAUUUUCUUGAUCUCUUAAAUAGUUUGUGUCCCCUUCAAUAUGUUGCAGACCACGAGGUGUAAGCUCAAGGCCUAGUCACUGAGGUGCAGCUGCUAUUGCACCGUGUGACCGCAUCAUGCGAGUUACUUUCAUGUGCGAGUGCAGGGUCAGUUGCUCGGUUGCCCCGUGCGCGCUACUACAACAUUUUUGUUUUCACUUUGACACGCGCCUUCCCCCAACCACAGAUACAACUCGACUAGGCGAAUUCUCCAUAGCAGUACCUGUCUACUGCGACGUCAGCAUGGGCGUAGCCAGGCUUGGUCUCAGGGUGGGGCAGCAGUAAACCUACUAAAGCGGCGGGAGCGCUGCUGGUAAAGGAGAACUGUGAAAA